AUGCAAAACCUACAAAGUCAAAUAACACAGGAUAACAACACAGUGUUUGAAGAGAGUUUUCAGGAUCAGUAUACUCAAUACCACUACCACUGUUAUGAGCAGGAGCUGGAGGAACUUGGUGAAUUUUGUUGGGAGGUUUUUGAUGAAAGCAUGAACAUUAUUAAUAAGGAGAACUGGUGUAAUAUGGAGAUGGUUUUGAGAAGCUACAGCCAUUUAACUGAAUGUAUGGACAAUUCAUCCAUGCUUGCAGGCUGCUUUUACCCAAACCAUGUGGUGGAGCAUCUGUUCAUGAAGAUCCACCAGCAGUACUUCAGCUCCUGUAAUAACGAAGAGGAUUUAUCUGACGCUCCGCCCGGAGUCGUGCUCGUCGCCACACUGCUACCCAUUGCCCUCAUCCCCUUCAUAGUGUACAUCGUGGUCUGGAAGAGCAGUUUAAAGUACUGACCGGUGCACAUUAGAGUUCACUCACAUGUAAACAUACUCACCCCAACCAUGUGGUUUCAAACCUGAGUGCAUUACAGCUAUUAAGGUGCAUUAAGGUGUUUUUUGACCCAAACACUGGUUAAAACAUUUUCUUUUGUGUUUUUAGAAAGUUAUACUCGGCUGAAACGACAUGAAGGUGAUGAAAUUAUGUAUUUAGCUGAACUGUGACUUUAGUUACACAGUUGUUCACCCAAAAAUGAGCAUUUGCUGUUCAGAUAUUCAUCCAAAAUGGUGAGUUUUUGUAUUUCAGUAAUACUUUAACACUGACUGAAACUAGUAGAUAACUGCUAGAAUGGCCAUAGUGUUCAUUCUGACCAUUCAUAUAAUAAGACUGUACCGAAUUUAAUUGUUAUUACGUCUUAUGUACAUUCAAAGUUUAUAUUGAGGUUUUAGAAUUAAGCUCUGAAUGUCAGUAAUUACCCUAAAAAUACAAUAUUUUUGUAAUAUAGCCUAUAAUUGUGGAUGACUAGACCGCCCCAGAAAGUAUGUACCUCGAUUUGUCCGGCAAGCAUAAGAGCUUUUUGAAAGAGGUGCCUCCUGUAAAGUCAUGGUUUUGCCAUCAGAAAGUUGUGUUUUUGUUAGCAGAAGGUUGCUGAAAUGCAUGUGGUUAAUUUGACUGUCAUGGCCAUUUAAGGUAGAAAUACACUUUUGUGUUUGAUUUUGAUAAAAUCACAAUAUUAGGAUGAAGUAUACACACAUUUAGGAAAGGUCAGGAUACUACAGCCACUUACAGAGUCAAAAGAAAAACAUACACACUACACAGGCAAACAAACGUAAUGCACUGAGGUCUCGAGAAGUGAAAAGAUUAGCCUGGUUUAAAUAAUUUCAUAAGUAACUUCAUAUGGGCUGAGUGUAUUGUGAGGAGCAUAGGGUAUUAAAGGUGUAGUAUGUAAGUUUGACACCCAGUGGUUGAAGUAGAUAUAGAAGGAAUAUUUUCCAUAUUAAAAGGAGUUUUUGUUCUUACCAACACCUCGAAUUGAUAUUUUAGAAGCGGCUUCUAUUUCUUGCAGCUAUACAGGAUAAAUUGCAAUCACCUCAGGUAAACCUCAUGUGCUUUAUUCAGUGUUAAAUGCUAACAAUAUGAGUUUGAAAGCCAUUUUACACAACAUUUAUUGCCAUACUACUGAAAGCAGCAGCAGAUAGUUCACCUCAGAAAUAAAAUAACCAUUUGAAAUUGAACUUUAGACUCAAAACCAUAUCAUAACAUAUCAACCAUAUCAUCAUCAUAACAUCAGUGAUUCAGCAUGUACAUUUAAUAAUGUUAAAGAGGUUUAAUGUGUAUUAAUUAGAUUAUGAACCUUUCCAUUUUUUGUGUGAGUGCAUAUUCUGUGCUUCUGAAUGGCUGUGUUUAAAUUGCUGUCGUGUUUCAUCUGGUGCAAACUGCCAAAUUGCUUAUCACUACAAAUCUCUGUUAGGACACGCGGCUACAAUGUAACCUGCUCACCUAAUGUUUAUGUUUGACAUAUUUAUAUAUUUUUCUAAUUAAUAACCUCAUGUGAAACUCUGAAUCUGCGUCUCAGUUCGGAGUCUGCUACUGUUCACCGGAGGUCACAUUUCAGUCACGGACACAUGCUUUCAGAGCCUUCCUGAAUGAAUGAAUGAAAUACGCAGUUUUCUACAUGGUGGCAGUGGGCGGGUUAAAGGGACCAAAACAAAGACAGAAGUUCCGGCACGUAACACACAUUUUCAAAGCAGAAUAUCUGACUUCAGCAUUGUUUUUCAGAUAAACAAAAAUAAAAUCUUCACUUAGCAUGUUUCUUAAAUAUCUGCAAACAGAUUAAGGAAUCGUUACGCUUUAAAAGAGUCAAAAACUUACAUACAGCACCUUUAAUGUUGUUUUGCUUUUAGCUUUUAACUCUCAAAGUACAUGUAUCCACUGACUUUCAGUUUAUGAAUCACCAAAAACCACCAUUUCAGCUAAGAUCUUCUUUAAUGUACUACUGAAGAAAAAAUGCUCAUACAUCUUUGGAGGGUCUGAUGGUAAAAUAACAGGAAAUUGUCAUUUUGGGGUGAACGUUCUCUUUCAAGUUGAUUCUGAAUGUAAAAGGUUUAUGUGCUUCACAAUGAUGUAAUUAUUGUAAAUAAAAUGCACACAGUUGGUGUGAAGUGUUUUAUUACUAAAAGCAAAAAAUCUGAUUAAGUGUAUGAUAUGAAUGUACUUUAUGAUUAAAUAUAU